AUGAAGCACCAAGAUGGGGACAAGGUCAAGGAUGGGGAUAAGGAGGAGAACGAGCUGAGGACAGGGACAGUGAUGAAGGGGGUGCUGGGUGGGGGUGACCCCGUGGGCGAGUUCAAGGGCCUUUUCUGUAUCUACCCCCUGCCCGAGGACCCCAGGGUGCCCCCGCCCCCGCGCCACUUCCAGGACCUGCCCCCCAGUCAGCCUCAAAAGUGCCUGGUGAGGGUCUACGUGGUGCGUGCCUUCGACCUGCCCCCCCGCGACAGGAACGGGCUGUGCGACCCCUACAUCCGCGUCUCGCUGGGGAACAAGACGCUGGGCCAGCGGGACCAGUACGUGCCGAACACCCUGGAGCCUGUUUUUGGGAG